AUGGAGAGGAUUGAUCUUGAUAAUGUAGACGAUGCCAUAAGACGAGAAAAGCUGUUUUUGAAAGCAGCAAAGGAAUGUCUUGGGAGAAUGGAAUUCAAGCUUGUCAGCAAAGAUCAUAGCGGAGUGCUGAUGAGGACACAGAAGGAGAUAGACAUGUGUGAGAAGUAUGGGCAGUUACGAGCAGAGCGCAUGACAAGGAAGCAUGCAGAGAAGAGGAUACAAAAGAAAUCGCGGAAAAUAGAAGAGGGCUCUGACGAUCUGGGCCCUGAAGAGUUCAUUGCACCAAUGAUCAGCAAUAAGGAUAACAGAAUGAAAAACAAGAAGAAGUUAUACAUAAAUAACUCAGAGAGGAGGAGAAAAAUGAAAUCGCGGCAAAAGCGGCAUAGGCAUUGA